UGUCCAAUGCUUCAAACUCAAGACUCCCCAUUUUCGAGUUAAAAGAAUUCCAAUUUUCCUUUGUUCAACAACCAUCACACACAUACACCCUCCCGCGAGGAGGAGUGGGAGGAGGAGGCAACAUGGAAGGCAGCAGAACGACAGCAGUCCAGUCCUGGCAUUCCUUCAUCAAUUCCCUGAGUCCCAACAGUGUACAGCGGACGGUAAAGGUGGUCAGUGGAGUGUAUUUACAAGGAUCCUUGUAUAAGCUGUCCUUUUCUGAAGGCGAUGUUAUAAAGAUUAUAGAUGUGAUUCCAACUGAACUCAAAGCAAUUAUGUUGCAAAGGGAUACCAAGGAAGAGAGAGUGUUGGACUUGCCACUUUUCUAUGAAGGGGAUUUCCUGUUGGUGCCGGAGCCCGAUGUGUACGAGACGGUGGCCAGCCUCCUGCACAGCAACAGGAUUGGCCCCGAGAGGGAGGGGCAGCCCAGGUUCCAGAACAACAUCAACAUCGUGCUGGACAACGGCACCGUGAUCAUGCGAGGAGAGAAGCUGGCCCUGCUGGGCAUCGAGGAGGUGGGCGGCGUGAAGGGGCUCAGGUGCAAGCUGCUGAAGAGAAAGGCCAACUCGAUGGUCUGGCUCCCAGUGACCUGCAGGGGUUUGUUCCAGGAAUGCCACGACGACCAUUACUAUACCAUCAGCCAGAUCGUCAAGUGGAAAAUACCAGCCGGACGCAGGCGUAACGUGAAGCCUGUGGUGGGCACUCCAACCAGAUCCACGGGCUUUUCCAUCCUUCCCCACAAUUUCACUGGCCAACUUCAGCUAUUGCCCUACUAUUCCGUCAAGGCACUGAUUGUAGGAGGAGGUGAGCAGUUUCUGCCGGCAGACCUGGAACUGCAGGUGAUGGAUGUGACAGACUUGGUGGCUGAUCAGCCUUUCCUCGUGCCCGUCUCACUGGAAACACUUUACCACCUGCCGAGCAACAGCUUCCCCGUCACCGUGAAGGUCAUUGACGUGAAGGACAACUACGGUGGUCUGGCCAGGGGCUUCGAGGUGGGAUCGUGCCUGACGAUCCUGGGAAAGAAAGAGAUGAAGAAGGUCCUGGUCACCGAACUUUCCAACAGUUUGGUCCGACAGCACUUUCUGGUCCCCCGGAGCUAUGAAGGCCAGCUGCUGAGGAUUCCCAGGACCUUCCAAACUGUCUAUGACCUGGAGCUGGCCAGGAUGGCAGGCGGAGUGGCCUGGGUGGUCGCCACCACGAGCUACAAUCGUGACGCCGAGUGUCUGUCGUCGUUCGGCAUCGGGGAGCAGUUCCGCGCUCUGCACCCGGCGACUGUCUUCACCCGGCUGGGGGUGGGGGGGCAGGCGGAGGUGAAGGUCCUGACAUGCGAGAAGGCGGACUCGGCGGAAACAGUCAACCUGCCCAUGUACGCCGAGGGCAAAUUCAUCGAGAUAUUAAUGGACGGGGAGCGAUACACGAUGGAGGGCCUCCUGGCCCAGCACAUGGCUCCCUUUCACGUGCGGGUGGUUACUGCGGACUUGGCCCUCACCGCCGACCCUCUGCCGGGCCUGAAAGAGCUGAGGGUGGACGGAGAGGUCCGGAUGGAGUGUCUGGUGGCUCGGCGUCAAGAGGGUUUGGCCUUCGAGGUUCCUGUGGAACUGGUGACGGCACUGGUGGAGGUGGUGAACCAGGUGAGAACGUCCCCUCAUCAGGCACAAGAUCCCAGCCCGCAGUUUGUCCAGACUGUUUGGCUCCUGUCAGCUGAAGACUACCUGCGUUUGAGAGACUACGAAGACCUCUCUCCUCCACCUCCCCCGCGGCCACCCAAGCCCAAGAGCUGCAGUGCUGCUGGGGUCACAGGCCAGCUCGCUAAACCCCUCCUCACGUGCUCAAACACAAACACCAGCACUCCGAGUCCCGCUCUGAAUCAGGAAUGUGAAAUCCUAUCGAAAUUAACUUUGGAUGUCACAAACAAUUCAAGGAACGUUUAUCACAAGCCACCUGUAUGAAUGGAACGCUGCUUCAAGAAAACAAGAAGUAAAGCUUUCUUCCUAGAUAAUAAACCUUGAGGUUGACAUUGCCAUAUUAAUGCAUCCUCCCAACAUGAAAGGUGCUAUACAAAUGUAAUUUGUUGUUUUUGAUUCUCAAAGUACUUUACUAGACUAAUAUCUGGACUAACAGGUCUUAGAAUCCUACAAUCAUAGAAUAUUACAGCACAAGGAGGACACUUGGCCCAUCGUGUCUAU